AUGUUGUAAAGCAAGACUAGUACCUUCAAACAAGGUUUUCCCCGAUAUCCCUACUAAAACUUAGUUUCGACCUAAAUUCUAAGUCCCCUCUUUAAGUUGCUUGAAUUAAGAUUUCUCCCAAAACUAUAACAAUAUUUGUCCACUCGCUUAACUAAAGGUCAAGCAGGAUUCAUUCCUGGUUCAUCUACUCAAAUAAAUAUCAUUAGAGUCUAUACAAAUCUCCAUUAUAUUUGCCCAUAAAUGAAUAUUACAUUUUACUUCUAAAACGGUGUUCCUCAAGGAUCUCCACUGUCUCCUGCACUUUUUAAUAUAUAUCUUGAAGAUUUUCUAGCUCCAUUAGAACAAAAUUGUAAUUUUAACUAUACUUCUUAUGAAUUUGCAGACGACAUUGUAAUUAUUAUCGCUCAUAGAAAUAUUCAAUCCUUUUUAUAAAAGUUGGUUUUAAUUUCUGAAGAAUACGAGCUCAGAUUAAACUAGAAAAAAUGUGGAAUCUUUUUCAUCCAAAAUCAUAAGCGCUGUUAAUAUAACAUAUAUAAGGCUUUCCUAUUGUGAAAUCUUAUAAAUACCUCGGAAUAAUUAUAUUGAACAGUGGAAAAAUAAAUCUAUAGCUUGAUAAAGUAGAAUAAACUCUAAAAUUUUUAGGUGGAAAGUUGUUAUGGGUUUCUUAAAAACUUAACUGGAAGCACAAAUAUUAAUUAUUCUAAACUUUUCUUCUUCCACACAUACUCUAUAUUUGUCCUUCAAUCCCAACCUAGAAAUACAAAAACAUACUUCAACGCUUAUAAAAAUUAUAUAAAUCUAGCUUUAAGAAGAUUUGUGGAUUUCCUAAAUGCUUACCUAACGAAUUUUUAGAUCUGAUAUUACCCCCUCUAGAACUUCUUAUAGCAAAGCAUACAAAUAAGGUUAUCAGUAGGAUUAACAACGGAAACUUUGGUUAAACUAUUUUUAUCAAUAAUUAUUUUAACGAGAUAGAAGAAAUGAAUUAGAAUUCAAUUUACAAAUUUCUCCCCAAUAAUUUUAAUUAGCUGUUCUACCUAUACCCAAAUAUCUGUAGGACCCACUAAUGUAAUCUUUCAUACCGUCAUAUAAUAAAUUUCCAUUCCAAUUUCCAUAUUUCAGAGUUUUUAAUAAAUUUAAGAGGCAUCUCCAAUAAUAAUUAGUAAAUACAAUAACCAAAAAAUUAAUGUAAUAGAUUGGAAAAAAUAAUUGCAAAGCUUUUAACUGACUGA